AUGUCCAUGGUUACCAAGGAUCAGCUGGCCGGCCUGCAGGCGCAGCCGGACCGCAUCCGAAACAUCUGCAUCCUGGCCCACAUCGAUCACGGCAAGACCACCCUCUCAGACUCCCUGCUGGCCUCGAAUGGCAUCAUCUCGGCCCGCAUGGCCGGCAAGCUGCGCUUCCUGGACGACCGCCCGGACGAACAGCAGCGCGGCAUUACCAUGAUGUCGUCGGCCAUUUCGCUGCUCUUCCGCCGGGCUCCGGAGGACGAGUACCUGAUCAAUCUGGUCGAUUCGCCGGGGCACGUGGACUUCAACAGCGAGGUGUCGACCGCCGUGCGCCUGUGCGACGGCGGUCUGGUGCUGAUCGACGCCGUGGAGGGGGUCUCCACGCAGACUUUCACCGUCCUCCGACAGGCUUGGGUCGAGCAGGUCAAGCCGAUCUUGGUUCUCAACAAGAUCGAUCGGCUGAUCCUCGAGCUCCAGAUGACCCCCGAUGAGGCGCACUACCACCUCCAGCGCCUCGUCGAGCAGGCUAAUGCCGUGAUGGGCAUGCUUUUCCGUGGCGAUCUCGCCGCCAUUGAUGACUUUGCACGGAUCUAUUCCGGCAUGCUUGGUAUCAAUGUGGACCUCCUGCGACGCACCCUCUGGGGCGACUGGUACCUCGACUCGAAGAAGAAGCGCGUGGUGGGUCGCAGCCAGGCCGGCAACCGCCUGAAGCCCAUGUUCGUCAACUUUGUCCUGGAGAACCUUUGGGCCGUGUACAAUGCCUCCAUCGUGUCCUAUGAUCAGCCGAAGCUGGAGAAGAUCGUCAAGGCCCUCUCGCUGCGAGUGAACCCGGCGGACUUGGCCUCCAAGGACACGCGCUUUGUGCUGCAGAGCAUCAUGGGCCAGUGGCUGCCCCUGUCGCGUGCUGUGCUUGGCAUGGUCGUGCAGAGCCUCCCCUCUCCGGCCAGUUCGCAGAAUGACCGGACCCCGGUCAUUGUCUCCGGCUCGCAGAGUGCCUUCAACCGCAUGAAGAAGACCCUGCCCGCCGAGUCGCUCGAGGUCAUUUCCUCGAUCGAGGCAUGCACCCAAUCGCCCGAUGCCCCUUGCGUUGUGUACAUUGCCAAGGUCCUGUCGCUGCCGCGGUCGUCACUGCCAGAUCGCCGGCGGGUCAUCCUCACGGCGGCUCAGUUGCGUGAGCGCAAUCGCCAGCGCGCGGCGCUCCUGGCCGCUGCCGCUGCCGAUAACCCCGGGGCCGAGAACGAGCAGACCGUCAGCCUGGAUGACAUCAAGGCCCAGCAGCAGGAGGCCGAGGCUCGACGCUUGCAAGAAGCCGAGGAGAAGCUUGUCGGCCAGUGUGGCCCGAAUGGCGACGUCCUCGUGGGCUUUGGCCGCGUAUUCAGCGGGACUCUUCGUGCUGGGCAGGAGAUUUAUGUCCUCGGCCCGAAGUACGACCCGCGCGUGGCCCUGGCGGCGGAUGGUGACAAUGCCGCCGACAGCUCGCCUGAUGGCCACCACCAGGCCGAGCGGGUAGUCAUCUCCCGACUCUUCCUGGUCAUGGGCCGGGAAUUGGAGGAGCUGGACGAGGCCCCGGCCGGCAACUUGGUGGGCAUCAUCGGCAUCGCCGGGCAAGUGCUCAAGUCGGCUACCUUGAGUUCCUCCCGUGCCUGUCCCUCGCUGGCGGCCCUGCAUAUGCAAGUGAGCCCGAUUGUUCGCGUGGCCCUGGAGCCAUCCUACCUGCCCGACAUGCCCAAGCUCAUUGAGGGCCUGCGGAUGUUGGCCCGUGCGGAUCCUGCCAUCGAGGUGUAUGUCCAGGACACCGGCGAGCAUGUGCUUGCCACGACCGGCGAAUUGCAUCUGGAGCGGUGCAUGGUGGACCUGCGCGAGCAGUUUGCUCGCGGCAUCAACAUCGACCAGUCCCCGCCGCUGGUGCCAUACCGUGAGACGGUCAUCGGCCGUCAGGCGCCGAAUGACUUCUACCCUGCCGGCGAGGCGGCCGCGCACAUUACGGACAUGGAUGACCCGGAGCAUGAGCCGGCUGCCAGCCGGAUCCACACCUGCUCGGUCAUGGUCCGGCGGUCGAAUGUCGUCCGGUACAGCACCAACGACGGCCAGGUAACCGUCGUCCUGCGGGCGGUCCCGCUGCCGGAGGACAUUACCCGGGCCCUGAAUGCACGCAGUCGCCAUGCCGAAGGCCUGGACGGGGCGGCGGGUGCGUCGCUGGACCUCAGCACGCCGAUUGAGGAGAAGAUCCGCGGUGCCUUCAAGGCUGCCGGUGGUCCGUGGGCGGACUACUUCGACCGUGUCAUGUGCAUCGGCCCCUCGCGGACUGGAACCAACUUGCUGAUUUCCACGGUCCCCGGUCACAAGGUGACCUGUGCUUGGGCCGGCGCCAAUGCCGCCCCGGCGCCCUCGGCUGCUGCCACCCCCUCCGGGGCCUACCACGGCCAGUUUGAUCCCUCGAUCAUCAGCGGCUUCCAGAUGACCUGCGCCAGUGGGCCCCUCUGCGAGGAACCGCUCUAUGGCGUGGCCUUCAUCCUGGAUGAGGUCAUCAUGAACACGGAUGCCGCCGGUGGUGAAGAGGAUGCCAACGGCAUCUCGGCCGUCGGUGGAAGUGACGCGCCGGCUGUCCGGGCGUCGAACUUCACCAGUGGCCAGUUGAUCUCCACCGUCCGGGAGGCCUGUCGUGAGGCCUUCCUCUCCUGCGGGCCGCGCCUGAUGUUGGCCAUUUACUCUUGCGUCAUUCAGGCCACCUCUGAGGUCCUCGGCCGUGUUUACAGUGUCAUCGGCCGCUGCCACGGGCGUAUUCUCUCCGAGCAGAUGCGCCCUGGCACCGACUCCUUCAUCAUCCGGGCCAUCCUGCCGGUGGCCGAGAGUUUCGGCUUCGCCUCGGAGAUCCGGUCGCGUACCAGUGGCGUGGCCAACCCGAUGUUGGUGUUCAGUGGCUUCGAGCUGCUCGACACGGACCCCUUCUGGAAGCCCACCACCCAGGAAGAAUACGAGCACUUUGGCGAGAAGGCCGACACCGAGAACCAGGCCCUGGUUCACAUGCAGCGCGUGCGCCGGCGCAAGGGUCUGCUGACCGACAUUCGCGUGGUUGAGAGCGGCGAAAAGCAGCGCACCAACCGCCAGAAGUAA